AAUUAUUAUAAAAUUUUAAAUUAUUUAACGCAAUAUUACACUUUUUAAACAAUUGAACACAUCACGUUCUAAGAUGGAGAUUCACACAAGUAGAACUUGUGAUUGGCAGUAGUAGUGAGUUCCUACCCUAGAGCCAGCCUGAUGUUUGGCCAAAUUUUGCUCAUUUAGGUAUUGUUGUCUUUAAAUAAUUUUUAUAUUUAGAAGAUUUUUGAUUAUUUUGAACUCGCUAUCUCGCUACUCCCUAGCUAGUAGCUAGUUCCAAUAAUAAGUUUUGUUUGCAUGAAUUCCAUGUCAUUUAAAAUUCUCUUGAUAUGACUACGUAUUAAUAUUUAAUAUAUUAUAUUAAUAUAAUACACAAUAUUAAGACAUUGUGUGUGCUUCGCCACCAUAAACUAUAUAUAAUGCUUGUUUAGGGAAUAUAUAUUUUUUGGAUGGUCUUAAAAUGCGAUCUGGUAGAGAUCUUUCUUUUAAUAUAUUUGUAUAAUUUAUUCUUUUUUAUUGUUAAGAGCAGUGAUGGAGUCGGGAUUUUGGGUCAGCUGGAAAGCAAAAGUCUCAAGUUUAUAUACUAAAUUUUGUUGUCAUUAUUUAAUUGUCCUCAUAUAUUUUUUUAUUUUAGGAGGGUAAAUGUUAGAGAGUAUUAUAAUUUAUAUGCACAACCUAUCAUUAAAUAUUAUAUGUAGUUCCACUCCUAUAUUUCUUUAUUUUUUAUCUAUAUAUAUAUUUUGAUCUUUUGUUGGAGGGUUCGGGCUUAAUAACAUUUCCGUCUUUAGAAAUUUAUCUGAAAAUUAAGUACACCGACAGGGAUGAGUAUGAAAUUAAGACGCAGAUAGAUAUAGAGAGCACAUGCAUGUGGUCUCUCUCUCUCUCAAUGCUUUCUUCUUCAACUCACUCACAGACAGUCACAGCCUGCCGUCAGUUCGUACGUACCACAUUACUCCGUACACCUUAAACGCGUCGAUCGAUCCACUUUUUAUCCUUAAUUUUACCAAUAUAUUAUAUCUAUAUAUAUAUAUAUAUAAUCACCGACUCCAUUCCCGCGUUCUCUGUGCACAUCUCUGGAUUAAUUAUUCUAGCCUAUAUAUAAUUGGCUCCACUCUCUUAACACUUCCAUAUCGAUCAUCCAUGCAGAUCAACUACUACGAAUCAUUCUGAUCUGAAUAUUACAUUCAUAUCAGUUUCGAACAUCACCGGCCGCCGGCGGCAAUAAUAAUGGCCACUCUUCUCUAUAAUGCUUCCUUCUUCUUCUGGCAACUUUUUUUCCUUCUUCUGGGUUUCUCCUUCGCCGGAAUCCAUGGCCGGGGCUACCGUUGGCUUGACGCCCAUGCAACUUUCUACGGCGCUAACCAAAGUCCAUCCACCCCUGGUGGGGCUUGUGGCUACGAAAAUACAUUCAGUGCCGGAUUCGGGACGAACACGGCGGCAGUGAGCGGCGUUCUCUUCAGAGGGGGCGACGCGUGUGGCGCUUGCUACCAACUCAUGUGCAACUACAGGGUGGACCCCAAGUGGUGCCUCCGCCGCCGCUCCAUCAGCGUCACUGCCACCAACUUCUGCCCUCCCAACAACAAUGGAGGGUGGUGCGAUCCCCCUCGCCAGCACUUCGACUUGUCCAUGCCUGCCUUCUUCCGGAUAGCCAAGCAAGCCAACGAAGGCAUCAUCCCCGUACUCUAUAGAAGGGUGGCAUGCAGAAGGAAAGGAGGAGUCCGUUUCACUUUGAAGGGGCAACCGAAUUUCAACAUGGUGAUGAUCUCCAACGUGGGCGGGAGCGGCGAGAUUAAGGCCGCCUGGAUCAGAGGCUCCAAGAGCAGAUCGUGGGUGGCAAUGCGCCGGAACUGGGGCGCCAACUGGCAAACCGGCGUGGAUCUCCGAAGCCAAACCCUCUCCUUCAAGCUGCUGUUGGCCGAUGCCAAAUCCCAGCGCUUCCUAAAUGUUGUGCCUUCCUCUUGGCAAUUUGGCCAAUCUUUUGCUUCCAAAACUCAAUUUAUCUGAUCUCGAUGAUAUAUAUAUAUAUAUCAUUAUUAUAUAUACUUAAUGCAUUAAGAUUAACUGUCAUUAAUUACUUACCCCGUGUAUUCUAUCUUAAAUGGUUCGUUCGAUCGAGAACAUUCCAUAUUCUCAUAUGUUCUUUGACUUUUCCCAA